AUUCAACACGUUCAUGUACACCAAGAAAGAAUCACAAGAUUCCUACCAAAUUAGAGUAAAAAAACUGUCCAGGUACUUUGGUUAGACUCUAGAAAUCAAGAAAGGAUGCUUUGAUUUUGAUGUGUAGUCCCUUGCUUGGAGAAUUUUGGACCUCAAGAUUUUGUCUGGUUAAGACUUGUCUAAAGCAACCACCUUUUACAUUCCUCACUCUUUCCUUGCUCCAAUAUACUUCACUUUCUUCAAGCACCCUCCUAAUUCUCUUUCACCUCAUGAAUCCUUGACUACAAUCGUGUAACUCCCAUUUUAUUGGAUACCCAUCUGCACUUUCUUGACUUCUGUUAUUGGGUAUCUUUUAUUUUAUUGAAAAACACCAAAAAAAAAUAAAAUUUCAAGUUCAUCCACAGUUUUGAUUAGGGUAUUGAUAUAUUCUUUCUGAAGGGUCUUUUAAGCUGAGAUUUGGUGGAGAGACAUGGUGGGAGCUUUAUCCAUGGUGGACCCACACACUAGUCCAUGUUUGUGCUUGGAUGCGCUGCCUACAACUAAUAUUGGUCUUAAGAGUAGUGGAGACGUGGUUUUGCAGAGGAGUUCAAUGAAGAGAAAGCAGUUAACAAGGCCAGGAUCAUUGGAGUUGGGGAGUUCUUUUGUGGACUCAUGGCAUGAUUGGAGGCUCUCAUCGAAAGCUAUUUCAGGAACUGUUAGUAAGAGCUCAAGGAAACAGAGAAAGGAUCGGAGACUAGUGGUUGUCAACGAGUUGGGAGGGCAAUAUGAGGAUAGUUUUGAGGAUGUUAAAAUGCAAUUAAUCAACUAUUUCACAUACAAAGCAGUAAGGACUGUACUUCACCAGCUCUACGAGAUGAAUCCAACACAAUAUACAUGGUUUUAUAAUUUUGUUGCACAAAAUAAGCCUGGAGAUGGCAAGCGUUUCAUUCGCUCUCUUGGGAAGGAGAAGCAGGACCUUGCUGAAAGAGUGAUGGUCACACGCCUUCACUUGUAUGGGAAAUGGGUUAAGAAAUGCGAUCACGCUGAGAUAUAUAAAGAAAUCUCUGAUGAGAACUUGGAGUUGAUGCGUGAACGGCUCAUGGAGAUUGUGAAAUGGCCAUCAGAUGAUACAAACACGGAGAAGACUGGCUGAAGGGACGCAAGUUUAUUUUUCAUUUUUCUUUUCGUAAUGUUUGUCAGCGGAGGUAUAUCUUUCGUCCAAUGGAAACUAGCGCCUUAACACAGCAUCAUCAUUCUUAUUAUUCAGCAGCCAAAAUGUUUAUAUUUCCCACAAAUCCGUCCAGCUUAUACACUAUCCUUUCCGUGCAAGGUUUGAAACUAAACAUGUUGCAGCAGAAGUAUCAUGUAAUUGUAACAAUUCUAAGAAUCAGAAACCUGAUACGAUUUCUCCGUGGAA